AGUUGAUGGAAACAAUUUGUCAGUCGUGUAUUGAACAUGAUGUCUGAAUAUUGCUAUAGAAAUGAUGCUCCUACGACUGUUUCCAGACAUAGUCUUCAACAGAUGGGAUUGUUGAUUAAAAAGUUAUCAAGCAAUUUAGAAUCUUGGCAGAAGACAUGGAUGUCUUGGAUUUCCUGGACAAAUGGCAGCGAAAAGAAACGAGGGUGGAUGAUGGUAGACCCAAAUGAUUUGGGCAAAUUGUCAACUGAAAUAGCCCAGCUUUCCAAGUCUCUUCCUAAACUUGUCAACAACAAGAGAGGAGCUGCUACUAAUGUGAUAAAUGAAUUGUCAAAAGAAAUAAAUAAAAUCAAACGGCUUCUUCAAGAAAGCGAACUGGAGAGGAAUCAUUGGAAAUCUCGUUACGAUUCAACUUCACUUGACUGUCAGAAUGAAAAGCAGCGUAACCUUCAAUUGUCUCAGCAAGUCCGAGAACUGAGUGAACAGAUUAAUCAACAAUCGGAUUAUACCUCAAGUUUAGGAUCAGCUUGUUGUACUUUGUUAUGGAGAGUGUCACGUUCUGAGGAAAGCAUUCAAGCCAUACUAGUGGGAAAUAAAGUAAAUGAAUUUUUAUUGCUUGUGCAAGGGACUCUGGAAAGUUUUCUUACCGCAUACAAAGAAGAUUGGCCUCAGGAGAAAACCGAUGAAGAACAUUUCAUCUUAGCUAUGUGUGGUAUUAUAACUAAUAUUGCAGCAUCUGCUUAUGGUCGGGACUUUCUUGUGAAUAACACCUAUGGAUGUCAAAUUAUUGAUAUUUUCAUCACAGUAUUGGCUGAAGCACCCAACAAGAAAAGCACAAAACUAAAGAAUCUCAUUUUGAUGUCCCUCUACAACAUAUCUAUAAACCAAAAAGGUCUAAAGUAUAUCUGCAAUAAAACAACAUUAUUCCAGCUUUUGGUUUGGCUUUUAACAGAAGAACAAUCCACAGAAUGUUGUAUUAAUGUGCUUCGAUUGUUACAGUCUUUGGUUUGUGAGGCCAGUAUUCCUGUAAUUCACCAGCUGAAAGAAGUGUUACCCGAGCAACAGUUGGGGCAGCUGUGUAGCAGCCGGAAUAAAGUAGUUGCCGAACUGGCCUCAGAUCUUCGUACUGAUCUCAACUAUUAACAGUGUUUCAUGUUGUCAUAAAUUAGUAGGAAAGCUGAGAUAUUUCAGUCCAGAGAAGAAAAACCUCUCUAGG